CAUCACAUCAUCCAGCCAUUAGCGUGUAGCCACUGUAGCCUACUCUUAGUUUCUACACGAGUGAUUCGUUUACAUUCCAACAAAUGCAACCUUCAGCUAAAUUGAAAUUACAGCGAGUCGACUAUGUGCAAGUGGCUUCUUUGAAGUGCAGCAAUUCUAUUCAACUUCUAUCAGCCAAAGGGGUCAAACAUCAGCAAAAGGUGGUUGUCGGGGAUCAAAGAGGAAUACUGCAACUCAUAUCCAUCAAAAAGGGAGAACCUUUUGUAGACUUCAAAGUUGAACUAAAAUCCCCAGUCAACUGUGUCACAGUUCAUGUCAAUAGCAACGAACCUACAAAAGAAAUGAUUAUUACAGCUACACAACAAACAGUGCAGGGCUUCUCAGCCAAGGGCAAACUAAUUUUCAAAAUGGACACAAACUUGGUAGAACCUAUUCAACAUUUGUGGAUGGCCAGCAAGGAGGAGUUGGUCGUCUCAAAUUCAUACGUCUAUAAUCAUUAUCAAGAUGGGAAGGAGGCCAAUUAUUUCCUUUCCACUGAUCGCAUCAACGCUGUAGCGGUGCUUCCUCUUAACAAGGUACCCAGUUUGACUCCGUUGCUGGGAUGCCAAGAUGGGAACAUUUAUUCCCUGAGGGACUCGUCUGUACGACACCGACUGCCUAUUGACGCUGGUAUUCCCACAGCCAUUCAACUGUUUCAAAACGAUGGAGGCACUAGCGGCGAGUGGGUGAUUUACGGAACAUCGUUGGGUCAAAUUGGACUCGUCCGAUGGAGUAGAGCUGGCCCGGCAGUACGGUGGGUUAUACAACUCCCUUCACAAACGACCGUGACGUCGUUGGAUUUUUACGACGUCAGCGACUCGGACGAUGGUGGUCAACUGAUAAUCGGUAGGGAAGACGGCGUAGUUGAAGUGUACCAAGUACCACCCGAAGAUGAUGCAGUGCACAGCCCUACCUUAAUCUUCUCACAAAAUUGCAACGACAGUAUUGCGGCAGUCCGAGGCGGAAUUAUCGGCGCAGAUGGCUUCCCGGAAAUAUUAGUAGCUACUCAACGUGGCUGGAUAUUCGGUCUAACCAGCUGCGAAUCAACAACACGGAGAAAACAACCAGACGAAGUGACAGCGGCCCGAGCCAGCAAUGCCCACGGCUCCGAACGUCGAAAGCAGCUGCAAUAUCUCAAAUCCGAAGUGGAGUUUCUAGAAAAGCAAUUUACCGAGGCGAAGAAUAACAAGUCUCCAGCGUUGCUGCCGGCCAGUUUGGAGAAGACCACGUCGGCGCAGGUCAACGUCAGGGCCAAAAUGAACUUUGUGGGCCAGCAGAAUGCCUAUUACAUUAGCGUCGAGAGUCAUGUGUCAAUCAACUUUAUUCUGGUCCAAUGUGACACCAACGUUCAACUCAUGGACGUCGAACGCAAUUUAGCUAUUUUGAGCGUAGUCGACCACGAAAAGAACGGGCCGUCUCGACUAACGGCAACUUUCCGAUGCCAAUCCAACACCACGCGACUGGAAAUGAAACUCAUUUGCGCCGAGAGGAAUACCAGCGACCAGGUGCGGUUGUACGUUUCGCCCAGCAUCCAGGAGCCACGCUUGGCUUUUUUAAAGUCAUUUCGUCUGGGUUGCUUGUGUAACCACGUGCGAUGCCAUCCGCCGGAAUCGUUCCAGUGGAGCGCAUCGACGCCCCCCAGCAGUUUGACUUUGCGAGGUGGAUUCUCUCAGGCGGAUGCCCAUAAUUGGAUCGUGUCCUGCUUACCUAACGUCCCGGAAAAAGUCCCGGCUGAUGAGGAAAUUCAUUUUUAUUUCCGUAACGAUCAGUGGCAAAGCCAGCUAGACGUCCAGUACAGGCGAGGCGAAAUCGUCUUUCUCUCGGAUAAUGUAGUAGCUUUGUCGCACGUACGUGACUUCAUUUCAAGAGAAGCCACAACGAAAAGCAUUCAACUAACAAUGAACGCCGAAGUGACCUGGGAAGCAACAGAAAUCCUCUUGCAUCACGUCCACCCUCAACUAUUGGAUCUGAUUCACCGACGUCAGCGCAAUGCGUUAGCCUUGGCAUUGCAGGAAGCGGCAACAGACCAGCUGGCUCUAGACGCCACCGGUGAUGCAGAUUGGAUGACGGCAGAGUUACGCGACAUCGUCCUGGCGGCAAAAGAAAAUCAGCCAUCCAAUCAUCAACAUACAACUGUCGAACAGUAUCAAAAUUUUCUACUCGACUUGUUCGCAAGCCACAGAGAAUUCCUCGGUGAGCUCGAGGUGAGAAGCUCUCACAAGUUUUCCUUACUCGCCAACAUGUUAGCCGACACGGCCGUACGCACUGAAGCGUUCGUUGAACAGUUCAGGUCUGACGAUUUGUCUACUGUUGUUUAACAAAAAGCGUAGUAGUCAUUUAAGAUGCAUAUUUAUGGAUGAAGAACUUUGUUUUAUUAAACGACUGCUUCUUUCCUUA